CCUUGACCUUGGAUCAUCAAUCCUCGUCCUUUCAGUAUUCCUGGCGUCCUGUGCCUGUGGUGCCUAAAUUUUUUCAGCUUUUCGGCUGCAAGUUUCGGGAGACUAUAAAUAAAAUAAAACUUCAAGAAUUCCGAUUGGCUGUGUUUUUUUUUCGUCCAGUGGAAAUAAUGUGUGGGUGGGGGGAGACACGUGGGACUAGUGGAUCACUGGAUUCAAACAGUGGAUUCGAAACCCGAUUUUCAGGCAGUUUCCCGCCCAAAUUUUCCAGGCGUAGGAAUUUCCGUGAGGGAGGAAAUUUUCCUCUGCAGGUACGAGAUAACGAAUUCGGUAUUUUUCCAUGGAGUAGAUGUUUUUAGCUUGUUUGAAAAAGGCAAAAGUCGAGAAGAAAGAAAAUCAAGGGACAGCCCCUCGGUUCAAAAGCGACUUUCCAUUGGGCGAGUAUUCAUUCAUUCUCGGCAAGUCGUUCGGUUAAUAACGUGCUGUCGCGAAACGAGAAAUAGUGAGAAGAGUUUGGUGAAAGAUCGAUUAUAGUUGCUGACAACGGAGCUGAAACACGUGGCAAUUUAAGGAUGUCUAGCGAUAAGGAAACCCAGAGUUGUUCAGAUGCGAUUUCUAGACUUUUGGUUAAUACCAUAAAAGUCAGGGCAAGACGUAGCAAAGGUGAAACUCGAGGGCAAAGAGGGUCAGGAUUGACACACGAAUGUGGAGUUUUUGGAUGUAUUGCUGCCGGAGAUUGGCCUUCUUCUAUUGAUGUAGGCCAAGUCAUUUGCCUAGGCCUGGUGGCGUUGCAGCACAGAGGACAAGAAAGUGCUGGAAUUGUAACGAGCGAAGGCGUCUGUGCAAAGUCAUUUCACGUUCACAAGGGAAUGGGAAUGAUAAAUAAUAUUUUUAAUGAUGAAAAUAUGAAAAAAUUGAGAGGCAAUUUGGGAAUUGGUCACACGAGGUACAGUACGAGUGCUGCAAGUGAAGAAGUUAAUUGUCAGCCUUUUGUGGUUCACACAGCUCAUGGGGCUUUGGCUGUCGCUCACAAUGGGGAAUUAGUGAACACGGAAUCUCUCAGGAAAAUGGUAUUGGGAAGGGGAGUUGGACUCUCGACUUAUUCAGACUCUGAAUUAAUUACACAAGCUUUGUGUCUAAAUCCACCCGAAGGAGAAGUCAAUGGGCCAGACUGGCCAGCAAGAAUCAAACAUUUGAUGCAACUGGCACCUCUUUCGUAUUCCUUGGUUAUUAUGCAAAGGGAUAAAAUUUAUGGAGUCCGGGAUCCAUAUGGAAAUCGACCUCUUUGCUUGGGCAAAAUUGUGCCUAUUGGAAAACUAGGGAACGAUUCAGAUGACGAUGACGAUCCCGAGGGUUGGGUUAUUUCAUCAGAAUCCUGUGGAUUUCUGAGUAUCGGUGCAAGAUACGUGAGAGAAGUUUUUCCAGGGGAGAUUGUAGAAUUGACACGCGAGGGUAUCAAGACUAUUGAUAUCGUGGAGAGGCCAAACAAUAAGCCACAGGCUUUCUGCAUCUUUGAAUAUGUCUACUUUGCAAGAAGCGAUAGUAUUUUUGAAGGUCAAAUGGUAUAUUCGGUAAGAAUGCAGUGCGGAAGAGUUUUGGCUCUAGAAUCACCAGUUCAAGCUGAUAUCGUCAGCUCUGUUCCAGAAUCUGGAACUGCUGCUGCACACGGUUAUGCCAGACAGUCUCAGAUUCCUUUUGCCGAGGUUCUCUGCAAGAAUAGGUAUGUGGGAAGGACGUUUAUUCAACCUAGCACUAGGCUGAGGCAGCUGGGAGUAGCGAAGAAAUUUGGAGCCUUGUCUGAAAAUGUCAAGGGAAAGAAAUUGAUUUUGAUUGACGAUUCUAUCGUGAGAGGAAACACAAUUGGGCCAAUUAUUAAAUUACUCCGAGACGCUGGCGCCAAGGAGGUUCACAUUAGGAUCGCGUCCCCACCUCUGAAAUAUCCCUGCUACAUGGGAAUAAAUAUUCCCACGAGGGAAGAACUAAUUGCCAACAAACUGGACAGUGUAAAACUCGCAAAACACGUCGGUGCCGACAGUCUGACGUACCUUUCCGUUGACGGUCUCGUCGAGGCCGUCAGACAUGGAAUGGACAAUCGUGAGUCGAGUUACAUCGGCCAUUGCAGCGCCUGUUUAACCGGAGAGUAUCCUGACGAAUUGCCCGGAGACUUGGAUUGGUGAAAAAAGGAAAAUUUUUACGACACUUGAAGCCUCGACUUCUCAGGAACUUUUUUUUUUUU